UCUUUUCAAUUUUUUAUUUUGGGAAACUGAUUUUUUUAUUUGUUUGAUACGGAGUACUUUUUACUAUGAUUUAUAUUUACAAUUUAUAUUAUUACAUUAGGACAAUCAUAUUAUGAUAUGGGCAUACAUAGUCAGAAAAUACUUGAUUUAGAUCUCCUCAUUCCACCCAUCUCUCUGAAAAACGAGGAUAUAUUAAGUUAUCGCCGCUCAUGUUGAAACUAUGUUCUUGCUCCUUUGUGAGGACGAUUCCUGCAUAUUCAUAUAAAAGAACAUGCUUGGAUAGGGUAAAGACUCACCCUGACUCAACCCACCCUGACUCAAGACCAGCUUAUUAAGGGGUUUGAGUAUGUUCUCGAGUCAUUGGAGAAUGCAGUAAAUGAUGCUCCAAAAGCAGUAGAGUGUCUUGGACGACUCUCUGCCAAAGUGAUUUUAGAAAAUGAGAUUCCUUUAAAAGAAAUUGGACGCUUAAUAUAUGUAGGUGGGUAUCGGGAAGGGUGCCUUCGAGAGAUAGGUCAUAUGGUCCAUAUCUGAAAGCUGCUCUUCUGUAUUCACAGGAACUAUGGCUCUCGAAUCCGGGUCAUCUUUUUUCCCUUUUCUUAGCCCCGGUUUCAUAUAUCGUCGAAUCAUGUUAGUCAACCUCAAAAUUUUAUAAAACUAAGGCUUGUAUGUUUAAUUGUUAUUGUUUCAUUAUAAAAAUAAGUAACUUUUAUCACAUUGUACAUGUAAAUUCAAUGUGUAAUACUUUUGAAUAUCACAUUGUACAUGUAAAUUCAAUGUGUAAUACUUUUGAAUAUCACAUUGUACAUGUAAAUUCAAUGUGUAAUACUUUUGAAUGUCUUUAUAGAGGCUAGAUAAUGAUUUUUUUAAAUAGAAAAGUAUUUAAAGAAUCUUACCAUACUCAAAAAAAUUGCAGCAUUGAUUAUGAACCCUACAUCCUGUUUGUUGACACAUGCAUUCGACCUCUACAAGAGGAAACUUAUGCUAAUUAGUACAAUAGUACUUAUAAAGUUGGUUGUGUGUUUUGAGAUAAAAUUGCUCCUAUACUAUCAAUGACAAACUUGUCAACCAACGUGAAACUCUCAUCCAGGGUGAGGUUCAUGUUUAAGGAUGCAAUUGAGUUCAGUAAGAACAAAUGGCAGCAGCAAAGAAAAGUUGAAGGCAUGCACAAGCUACUAGAAGGUCUCGGGCUCCUAGCAUGGGCUCUUCUGUUAGAAGGAAUUCACUUCCAGGCUUCCAGCAGAGGUGGUUCAAGUAUGUUGCCUUCUCAAAGCUUGGCUCAGAUGGGUGAUUUUUGUGGUCAGGAUGUUAGGAUGGAGAACAGACACCAUUCCUUUGAUAACAGACCUAAUUCGUUCCUCUACUGUAUAAAUUAUACCUUCAACAUUUGUGAAAUGUAAACCAUGAUACCUCAAAUAUUAAAAAUAUAAAACAAAUAUGUACUUAACUUAGGGAAGGAUCAUAUAUGUGUUGCCUAAGAAAUUAUUUAAAAAAUUUAAAUAAAAGAUUUACAAUUAAAAUAAGUAAUUACUAUGGUGUUGGAAAAAUUUCUAUUUAUCUUCAUGAAGUAUGGUUUAGUGUUUGGGGAGAAGAACGGGUCCGGUUGUGGAAAAGUCGGAGCAAAAAUAGAAGUUAGAGAUCAGUCUGGUAGAAAGCGCACACAACAUGCGCGGAAAGCGCGCGCAACAUGCGCGGAAAGUGCGCGACGUGCGUGUGCCAUAUUUUUAUGGAAGUAUUUCAAAAUUUGAAGAACAUUUAUAACUUACAUCUUUUCAUUUAUUUUUAUUUUG